AUGUCGAAUCUUAUCGAAAGGGAAAUAUUUUUUACAAAGAAAGAGUUGGACUCUAGCAUUCGUCUACUUUCUUUGCGAGAGAAGUUUCAAUUUCAGGUUAGCAGGUCAAGCCUAAAAAUGUUAACCGUUGUAUGCGCGGACAAUAAUUGCAAGUGGAUGUUACGUGCUUCGAGUGUCAAGCAGACCGCCAUCUUCAUGAUCCGCAAAUUCAACAAUGUGCACACAUAUUCCAUAGAUAAUCGUCGUAAUGCACAUCGACAUGCCACUAGUUCCGUAAUUGCCGAACAGAUUAUGGGAAAAUUGGAUAAUACAUACGGAUCGUAUGAUCCUACCGCUAUUGCACGUGACAAGGAACGUGAGUUUGGUGUAAAAAUUAGUUACCAUCAAGCACGUAAGGGAAAGGUCGCUGCUUUACAUGUGCUACAUGGUACACCAGGUGAUAGCUUUCAAAAACUUUCUUCCUACUGUCACGUCCUAGGAGAGAGUAACCCAGGGACUGUAACACACAUCGAAGUAGAUUUUCGUAACAGGUUUCACUACUUUUUCCUAGCUUUCGGUACAAGCAUCCGGGGUUACCUGCACUACCUGAGGUUAGUUAUUUGUGUUGACGACAGUCACUUGAAAGAUCCAUACAAAGGUACCCUUCUACUGGCAACUGUCCAAGAUGCCAACAAACAGAUUUAUCCGUUAGCAUGGGGGAUCGUUGAUGCCGAAACAAAUAGAUCGUGGAUGUGGAAAAAUAGUAUUGAAAACGCCAUUGCCCACCUAUUUCCUCGAGCUCACCAUGGGUGCUGUGUCUGGCAUAUGGAAAAGAAUUUAAUCCAACGGUACAACAACGCAAGUUCAAUAUUUCUAUUCAAAAGAGCCGCAACAACUUACCGAACUGAAGAGUUUGAAAGACUUAUGAGACAGUUUCGUAGGGUAAGUGCAAGAGCGUACGGGUACUUGGAGCGAGCAGGUUUUCCAUUUUGGUCACGGGUACUAUUUUUUGGCCAAUGGUACAACAUUUUGACCAACGACAAUGCAGAAUCUUUGAACUCAAUGUUGAGACAUGCCUGUUCGUUACCGAUCACGUGCUUAGUGGAACACAUUCGGCAUACUAUGCAGAAGUGGUUUUAUGAACGUCGAGCAAGUGCAACCGUAUGCAGUACCGUUCUGUCACCAACGAUGGAGAAUGAGUUACGGACGAUGUUCAAAGUAGGUACUAGGCUGCGAGUGCAUGGCUUGACAAAUAACUUAACACAAGUUGGAAUAUCCAAUGACACGGACAUCGUAGACUUCUCCAAAAACACGUACACUUGUCAUGAGUUCCAACUGAAUCGUAUACCGUGCAUUCACGCAACUCGUGCUGCUUGCUUGAGAUGUAAGUCAUUGUACGAUCUCUACUCACAGUAUUACACAUCCGAGUACUGGAAGGGUGCCUAUGGAGAAGCUAUAUAUCCUGUUUUGCGUAAAGUGGACUGGAAUGUUCCAGCCAAAAUUAUAGAUACUCCUAUUAUGCCCCCCAGUGUAAGUCAUCCUCCAAGUAGACCACCCACACGACGUAACCGAUCCAGACACGAGUGUACCACACGGUUCAGGAGAUGCACUCGCUGCGGUGGACUUGGUCAUAACCGGACCAUAUGUUCGAACCACACUGUACCACGUUCAAUAUAA